GGGGGGCGGGGGCCGGAAGAGGAAGCGGGGGAAUAAGGCGGAGGGGGGCAAUCAUGGCGGCGGCCUUCGAGCAGAUGCGUGCCAACGUGACGGUGCUGCUGAGGGGCAUCGACCGGUACAACCCAGAGAACCUGGGAACGCUGGAGCGCUACGUGGAGACACAGGCGCAGGAGAACGCCUACGACCUGGAGGCUAACUUGGCGGUUCUGAAACUGUACCAGUUCAACCCGGCCUACUUCCAGACGUCCGUGACAGCACAGAUCCUGCUGAAGGCACUCACCAACCUCCCGCACACCGACUUUACGCUCUGCAAGUGCCUCAUCGACCAGGUCCAUCAGUUGGAAGACAAGCAGCUGGGAAGGAUCCUGCUUCUUGGAGAGCUCCUGGAGACCUGCCGCUUUCAGAACUUCUGGACGGAACUGGACGAAACACUGGUCGAUGGAAUCACCGGAUUUGAAGACUCCAUUAGAAAAUUCAUCUGCCACGUGGUCGGGAUCACGUACCAGCGCAUCGGCAAGCGAUUGCUCUCGGACAUGCUCGGCGGACUCACAGACGGCCAACUCAAUGUGUGGAUGAGCAAGUAUGGCUGGAACGAGGGAGAGCCAGGGACCAUCUACAUCGCGAACCAGGAGGAGACGGUGAAGCCCAAGAACAUCGUGGAGAAGAUCGACUUUGAGAGUGUUGCAAGCAUCAUGGCCUCGAUAAAGUGAGACUCACCACAUCUGCAGAUGUAGACUCAAAGCCCAGUUCUGUGGAAUUUAAGCAUUCCGAUAAAACAAAACAUCACAACUGCUUUUCCAGCUUGUUAAAUCUCGACAUCUGAAACGUGGUUACCGUUCAUCUAUCCGAUGGACCAACUUUGUGCUUGUUCAAAUGGCUGUUGCUUGCGUGAAUUAACGUUGUAUGCAAUUGCCGUUAUUUAUAUAGAUCGGAGGUCACAGAUGAUGUUGGAAUUCAAGCGUAAUCUCAUCCCCAUCGUCUCAAGAGUUCAUUCUUAGCUCUACCAAAACACAUCAGCAAGAACUUUGUACAAAACAAUGCAUUGUACACUCAGAUGGCUAAAAGCUUCGUGUUCAUUUCAUACAAAUAAACUUGACCGUCUUCUG